AUGGGUAAGAGAUUCGACAAAACUGCCAAUAGACCCCUCCUUAAGGCAGAGGAAGGAUCUGUCUACGGCAUAAUCACAAGAUCUCUGGGAUAUAAUAAGUUUCAGGUGUUUUGCUCUGAUUCCAUGUCUCGAAUAGCUUCCAUUCGAGGAUCAAUGAUUAAAAGAGUGUGGAUGAAAGAGGGCGAUAUAGUCUUGUGCAGCUUGAGAGAGGGAGACAACAAGUUUUGUGACAUUGAACUUAAAUACACUGACAGUGAGGUGAAAACACUCAAGGAAGGAGGAUACAUUACAGAUCAGUUGCUGAAUCAGGAAGAUUCGAACAUACAAGUAGAUUUUAAUAUGCUAUAA